CGGCGACAGUUUGCGAACGGCAGCCGUGAAACUCGUGGCAAGUGGCAACAAAUCGAAGAAUAUAAUCGAGUGUUGAAACUAAAUACAAAAUAAAAAUUAUUUUUGAAAAAAUUGAAAUUUAAAGAGAAAUUGAAAAUUCAGUUUGAAAUUCCGAUUCCGAUUCAGAUUCAGAUCGAGAAGCAAGCAAAGCAUUUGGACUUUUGGCAACUUUUUUCAUUUUUGUUUGGUGGCAUUCGUGAGAUUUUGUGGUUGAACGCAGUUGCAGCUGGUAUUGGAAGUGUUUGACUAGUGAGAAUGAUCUGCCCGAAACGCACCUCGGAGCUGCUGGAUCUGCAUCUGGCGCCGUUCAAGGACAAGGAUCCAGCCUGGGAGGUGGGCGUCUCAAAGAUAGCCGGCCGCGGCGUAAUGGCCACGCGUCAGCUGAAGCGCGGCGAGAUCAUCUUCCAGGAUAGCCCACUGCUGAUCGGCCUGGCUGCCCACGAGGAGGAUACGCUGAAUGCGUGCAGCGUCUGCUUCAAGAUGCUGCCCGAUACGCGCUUCAUGUGCCGCCAGGGCUGCGGCCUGCCCGUCUGCAGUCUGUGCGCCAAAAAGAAGCAGCACAAGACCGAUUGCGAUAUGUUCAAAUCGUGGGGCUCCAACGAGCCGGAUGUGGCCAAUUCAGUGAUCAUACGGCUGCUGUGCGUGGCGCGUGCCAUCAACUUGAGCAAAGAUCAGCGCGAUCUGAUCUAUUGCCUGCAGGCGAAUCUGGAUAACAAUCAUCGCACCGAGGUGCGCAAUGCGGCCAAGUGCUUUAAGAACUUCCCCACCGACAAGAAGAUCGUGGAGAUCAUGAAUCGCACCGUGGCGGUGCUGAGAACGAAUGGCUUCGACAAGACAACAGAUCGCACCACCGACAAUCAGGAGUUCAACUAUCGCGCGCUCUAUCCGCUGUUCGCCGUCAUGAAUCACGAUUGCAUUCCCAACUCGUAUUACACCUUUGAGGAGAAGACCAACAACAUGAUCGUGCGUGCCGCCGUCGACAUUGCCGAGGGCGAGGAGAUCACCACCACCUAUACGAAGCUCUUUACGGGCAACAUAGCGCGACAUCUGUUCCUCAAGAUGAAGAAGGGCUUCACGUGCAAGUGUCCACGCUGCUUGGACUCUACGGAGAAGGGCUCCUUCAUAUCGGGCCUGUACUGCCGGGACACCAACUGCAGCGGGCUGGUGGUGCCGGAGAUAACCGGGCUGCCGCAUCCCAAUUGGAACUGUUUGGUGUGCAAGCAGAAGUCGACGCACGCCCAGAUGAUGAAGUCGCAGGACUUCGCCAGCGGCGCCAUCAACGCCAAGGUCAAUUCGAAUUCGCUGCGCACCCUGGUGCACUAUCUGAACGAGAAGAGCGACAGCUUCAUACCGAGCAGCAACUAUGUGGUGAUCGAUGCCAAGAUGUCGGUGCUGGCGCGCCUCGCCCAGGGCCGCGAGGACUGCAACGAGGAGCUGGUGUCCAGCACGCGCCUGCGCUACAGUCGCGACAUCACACAGAUCAUGGACCAGCUCGGGCUGGGCGACUCGCUGCUGCGCGCCCAGCUGGAGCAGCAGCUGCACAAGGAGGAGGAGCGACGCGCCAAGAAGCAGCAGGAGCUGGCCAAGAAGCAACAGGAGCUGGCCGACCUGGAGCAGAAGGCAGCCGAGGCCGAUAAGCUGCUCGCCGCGCUAGCCGUUGCCGAGGAUCCAGCCGCUGCAGCAGGAGACGGUGCGGCGGCAGCGGCAGCGGCAGCUGCUGCUGAGCAGGCCUAGAGCCCAUGCCGAUCGCAGCUCUUGUUCGUUUAUUCUCUAUUCUAUAUAUAUAUGUUUUUUUUUCUUAUCGUAUCGUAUCGUAUCGUAUCGUCUCAUACCGAACAUAAAUGUAUUUGUAU